UUAGUUUACUCUCGGGUCGUUCUGCACGUGUCAAUGUUUUAUUUACUUCGUAAUUAUUUAAACAUUUGACAAAUUAAAACAGCGGUGAAUACAGGCAUUCAUGAUGGUACCGGAAGACAAAACUCCUGGGAACUUCAAGAGUGUAUGGUUGAAAUAUGAUAUCAACAGUUCUGACAAACAUCAGUUAUUCAUUAAAGAACAUUCAGUGAAAAGACAACAACCAGAACAUCCAAAAGGGCGUACCCUAUUCGUAUUGAAUAUUCCUCCUUACGCAACGAAAGAUUCUCUGAAAAAUAUUUUCGCGAGGCAUUGUGGCGGUGUAACCAGUGUGAGCUUGCAUCCAGCCCUAGGAGGCUCUCAAAAUGGUUUCAAGACUGCUUACAUAGUAUUUGCGAAGGAAUUUUCACUGGAGAAGGCUCUGGCCCUUCCAAGGGACUUUACAGUUGUCUUAGAAACCGAGGAAACCCCUCAAAAUCCACUGGGUCUGCUCAAGUGGUGCAGAGAGUAUAACGAAGAAACAAAUGUUGAUGAGACGACCGUGAAAGAAGAAAUAGCGAAGUACAUGGCAGCUUAUGACAAGAGGAUUGAGGAGCGUUUGGCUGCUGGGAGCACUCAAGAAGAUGCUGAUGGAUGGGUCACGGUUUCGAGUAAAAAGAAGAGAGGCCAGUUUGCUCCGAGUAGAAAAGAAUCGACUAUUGAUAAAGUGCAGCAUAAAGAGCAGGAGAAGAGUAAAAAGAAGCAGUUGCUCAAUUUUUACACUUUCCAAAUCAGAGAAUCUAAAAAACAACAUCUGGCGGAAUUGAGAAAGAAAUUUGAAAUGGAUAAACAAAAACUUCAGCAAUUGAAAACAAAGAGAACUUUUAAACCCUUUGGAUGAAUCAUAUAAACUUUUUAUUUGUAAAAAAUAGAUUAAAUUUUGUUAAACUACAGCUCCUUUACUGCCAUACGUUAUUAAUGUCCAUUCAAUGAGGAAAUGUCUGCAUGCGAGGGGUUGUAGGAGAGCCAAUAAUUCCUCUGAAAGAAAGAACAAUAAGGAUGAGCGAUCGACAAGGACGAGAAUAAAAGAUGGAUAAUAAUUGGAGACGCGUUCUUACGUUUAUUUCCGUAAAUACAAUUAGCAGACAUUGCAGUACUGACGGCCUGAGCCAAUCUCUCCAUCGCCAGAUCUCUCCGGGGUUUGUUUUCAGUGGUUUCAGGCUCCUCUAAUAAUGUUGCUAAAGCUCUAGUGGUUUGCGCCAGAUGUUGAGCGGAAAUUGCGUGUUUAUUGCUUCCACUGUUUUUUAAUCUUAGAACUGCGUCCAUCAGAAGUUGUUGGAUCUUUGAAUAAAAUUGAUUACGCUCUUCUAUGAUUGUAUUUUCUACAUUUUCCGGUUUUGAUCGAGCUGGACUUAAUAUGCACCACCUGUAAAAUGAUAAACAAGCAGAGUUGCGAGCCUUUUCGA